GUGGCGCAGGGGGAGCCUUGGGAUCACAAGGCCACUUGACGAUCAAAUUCGGAUUGUGAGCAUCCUCUUGCAGGGCUUCGAAGGAGGCGUGAGAAAGAGGGCACUGCUGCUUUAAGAGCUCCCGGGGAAAUGUCCCUGCCCCUGGGAGCUGGGAAGGUGCCGCCGCCGCCGCUCAGGGGAGAGGCGCGCAGAGCUUCCAGGCGCUCGCGAGCAGGGCAGGUUGGUUAGCAGCCUGGGGAGCGAGCAGGGACUCCUGACCCCUAUGGCUUCCCCCGGGGGCACGGACGCGCCGGCUUUGGGCAAGGAGACAGCUCCUCCUCCUACCCGCCGUCGAGCGGCUCCCUAAAGCGGAGCGAAGGGCUCGCAGGGGCUGCGGAGCGCAGCGGGGCCCGAGAUGUGAGCGCAGAGUCCCGAGCGCAGCAGCCAGCAAAAGGGGGACGCGCGGCGCCUCCAGCCCAACCGGGAGCUGCGUUUCUCUCGCCACUCCCCCAGCCCUUUACCCCGGGAUCAGGGCCACCGGUUGCUUCCGAGCCUGGCUGUUACACUGCGAGGAAACCAAGCGCCGCCGCCGUUCCUCCUCCUCCUCCCUGCAGCCUCCCGGAAAAUGGAGAGCGGCGGACUUUCCAGCACCGAGCAAAAGCUGAUCCGGGAGAGCUGGCAGCAAGUGAGCGCCAGCCCGUUGGAGCACGGCGUCGUCCUGUUUGCCAGGCUUUUUGAUUUGGAGCCUGAUGUCUUGCCACUUUUCCAAUACAACUGCAAAAAGUUCUCUACUCCUGAGGAAUGCCUCUCCUCACCCGAGUUCCUGGAGCAUGUUAGGAAGGUAAUGCUGGUAAUAGAUGCCGCUGUGACCCAUGUGGAUGAUAUGCACUGUUUGGAGGAAUAUCUUGCCAACUUGGGUAAGAAGCACCAGGCAGUUGGCGUGAAGGUGGCGUCUUUUUCGACAGUGGGGGAAUCCUUGCUCUACAUGCUGGAAAAAUGCCAUGGCCCUGCCUUCAACGUGAAUGUCCGAGAAGCCUGGACCAAGCUAUACAGCGCUGUGGUGAAAGCCAUGAGCUACGGAUGGGAUGUUCCGGGAAAAGUGGAAUAGGCCUCGCAGAGGAUGCUCUGGCCUCUAUCUGUUUGUCCUUGGGAACGGCUCUGAGGAGAAAGCAAGCUCGCCUUUCCAGUUCGGUGUGCUUCAGAGUAAUCUCCGUUGUUCGCUCUUCUCUCUCUUGUUUACUUCACAUUUCCCAUUUCUCUUGUGAUAAUGUGAUUUUGCUCCCAAAUUUCAGUGUAGCAGUUUCACAUGUCUGUUUUCAGGCAAGGGGGGAGGGGGGCAGAGGAGAGCCAGGCUGGUAUUGUAACCAGUAGAGAUGCUGACUGCAGCAGCUUUCCUUCCAAAAGGCUUGUUGCAACUCUUUGUCCCCUAUCUCCUUAUAAAGAGUAAUUACAAAAGAUCCCUCAGCACAGAAAGGCCAUUUCACCAGCUAUUCCCUCAGCCCACAGAGCCUGAGCGUGUUUCAGUGUAGUUAAUCAACAGUGGGGGCUUGGGAUUAUCAAAGCAAUGUAGCCACAAGGCUCUUCUUGCUGUGCCUGAACCUCUAGCUGGAGGAAUUUUGAAAUACAUGGCUACAAAAGCAAACUCAGAAAUGCAGGAGCUGCCCAUUCCCUGUGUGAGAAAAGAAAACGUUUUCAUUAAGUUAAUGAGAGCUGAAGCUUUGUCCCAGACGAAGCUUCCCAAAUUCAUCCUGAUUCCAGCCCAAAGAGUGUGCUAUGGCAUGCAGUUCAUUUCUGGGCAGCUGGGUGAUGUGCAUACACUCCUAUUUUCCCCAAGGCCUUCAAGUUCUUACAGAAUACUUUUAGCUUUUCUCAGAUUUGAAGUAACUUUCUAGCCUUUGUUCUUGAUGUAAACAUUAUCUUUGAAAACUUAAGCUAAAAGUCCUUUAACAUUUUUCCUUUUGUAUGGAGCAGACCUCAUAGGAGAAUUCUGAGACGGGCAAGUAGGGUCUGACUGUGUGAAAGGAUGGGAUCCAGCUACUCAGUCGGGCCCAGUGCUCUUCCUUACUACAGCCCCAUUCCACAUGGCUUUAUCCAGGCAGGUUCUGUGAUCCCCAGCAUUGUCUUUUUUGGAUGCUCAAAGGGGACUAUUCCUGCCUUUUUCGCCAGUUAAAAAGUUGGUUGGAUCCUACCCAAUGGGUUGGAUGAGAGAACCUGCUGUGAUGUCCACAUGAUCGUUUUGUUUCUGUGGUCCUUCCACCUAACCCACCAAUACCAAAGACCCACAGUACACUCUGAUAAGAGUUAGUGGCAGUUCCUGGGUCCCUCACAAGUCACCUGUCUGUCUCAUACAUCCGUAAUAAGCUAAGAACCAAACUAUAAACAACUGAUUCGAUCUCCCAACAUUGCUAACAUUAAAAAGCAGCUGGAAAUGGACUGUGGCUCAGUAGAACCUCUGCUUGCAGAAGGUCCCAGGUUCAUCUCCACUUAAAAAGGACAAGACAGUAGGCGAUGUAAAAGACCUGUACAUAAGACCCCACUAUCAAUCAUUCCCACCUCCGAUCCUAUUAUCUAUAUUGAGGCCUCCUGUGGAUGCUUUCUCAUGUUAAAACUUCAGAAGACUUGGUCACACUUCUUCAGUGGUGUAUUUGCCUAGGGACAGGGGGUACCCUCUGUCCCUGGGCGCCUCUGAUCUGGUUGCAUGGGGGGCGCAAAAUCGGCCGCCCACAUGACCAGGGGAGGA